CGCUUCCGGUUGUUGCCGGGCCCUAUAUCCGGUGUCCGCCCGCCCUCGGCUCCGCCGCCGCCGCGAUGCUGUCCCGGUCCCGCUGCGUGUCCCGGGCGUUCAGCCGCUCGCUCUCUGCCUUUCAGAAGGGGAACUGCCCUCUAGGGAGACGUUCCCUGCCUGGGGUCUCCUUAUGUCAGGGACCAGGUUACCCUGACAGCAGGAAGAUUGUUAUUAACAACAGUAGUGUCUUCAAUGUUCGCUUCUUCAGAACUACAGCUAUGUGCAAGGAUGAUGUGAUUACAGUCAAAACCCCAGCAUUUGCAGAAUCUGUCACAGAGGGAGAUGUCAGGUGGGAGAAAGCCGUUGGAGACACUGUUGCAGAAGAUGAAGUGGUUUGUGAGAUCGAAACUGACAAGACAUCUGUGCAGGUUCCAUCACCAGCAAAUGGCGUGAUUGAAGCUCUUUUGGUACCUGAUGGGGGAAAAGUAGAAGGAGGCACUCCUCUCUUCACACUCAGGAAAACUGGCGCUGCCCCUGCGAAGGCCAAGCCAGCCGAAGCUCCUGCUGCUGCAGCCCCGAAAGCAGAGCCUCCAGCCCCAGCAGUUCCUCCUCCCGCCGUGGCAUCCAUACCCACUCAGAUGCCUCCAGUGCCCUCGCCCUCACAGCCUCUUGUUAGCAAGCCAGUGUCUGCAGUGAAACCCACUCCUGCCCCGCCAGUAGCUGAGCCAGGAGCCGGCAAGGGUCUGCGUUCAGAACAUCGGGAGAAAAUGAACAGGAUGCGGCAGCGCAUCGCCCAGCGUCUGAAGGAGGCCCAGAACACGUGUGCGAUGCUCACUACUUUCAAUGAGAUCGACAUGAGUAACAUCCAAGAGAUGAGGGCUCGGCACAAAGAUGCUUUUCUGAAGAAACAUAACCUCAAACUAGGUUUCAUGUCGGCAUUCGUGAAGGCCUCAGCCUUUGCCUUGCAGGAGCAGCCUGUGGUCAAUGCAGUGAUUGAUGACACAACCAAAGAGGUGGUGUAUAGGGAUUAUAUUGACAUCAGUGUCGCCGUGGCCACCCCACGGGGUCUGGUGGUUCCUGUUAUCAGGAACGUGGAAGCUAUGAAUUAUGCAGAUAUAGAGCGAACCAUCAGCGAACUGGGAGAAAAGGCCCGAAAGAAUGAACUUGCCAUUGAAGAUAUGGAUGGUGGUACUUUCACCAUUAGCAACGGAGGUGUUUUCGGCUCACUCUUUGGAACGCCCAUCAUCAACCCCCCUCAGUCGGCCAUUCUGGGCAUGCACGGCAUCUUUGAUAGGCCAGUGGCUGUGGGGGGCAAGGUGGAGGUGCGGCCCAUGAUGUACGUGGCACUGACCUAUGAUCAUCGGCUGAUCGACGGCAGAGAGGCGGUAACUUUUCUCCGCAAAAUCAAGGCAGCGGUAGAGGAUCCCAGAGUCCUCCUACUGGACCUUUAGGAGGAAGCCACAUACCCUACACACCAACCAUGCAGGAACUGACCACCAAUCUUCUCCCUGUCCCCUCAUGGGUUCCAGGCUAGCCUGGUGCCAGGCACAUGUUGUUGGCCCCCAGCAAGGAAACCAGGGCACUACGUAACCAGCAGCCACAGUUCAUUUCUUGGUAUUCUGCCAGGCUCUCCCCUCUCUGCACCCUUCUCAUACACUCGAACAUCUUCUUGAGGCUUGAGGGAGAGAGCGCCUUAGUGGAUGCUCAUUAAUAUUCCUGCCUCUCUCCCAUUCGUCUUUUGCAGAGAUGAUUUUGCUUCUCUCCUGGGCCAGUAUUCAAUAGGGAAACCACUGGGGACCAUGUGAUCAAGUUUGUAUCUUUUGAAAGUCUAUUCUCCAGAGCCUCCUUAGGAGGGCGUGGUGUCUCCCAGGCUCACAGCAGCCUCUGGCCCGGCUGUGCACAUUCUCACUUGAUUGCACCUGUAUGGAGGUAUUGACUGCAGGCCAAGAGGUGCUGCUUGCCGCGUAAAUAACAGUUCAUUCUGCGCUGCCAUGGACUUCAGGAUGCCUCUUCUACCUCGUCCAGGAAGCACAGGCCAGGGGGUCUGGGGGGGAGGGGGGAGGUAGUUGGGGGGGGCAGAGUCCCCUCCGAGGUGGUAUGUUUUAGACAAGACAGGAGCAGAGCCCACCCUCUCCGUCACGGCUCCAUUUUGGCACAGUAACACACAGCCGUGGUCGUGCCAACCUUUCUGGGCUGCUUGGAACCAUUCUAGCACAUCGCUGUCGUUUAGAGCAGAUUCUAGCACGUCAUGGCAGCGGGACAGGGCAUGGUCACAAGGGCUGGAGGCUGGUGAGAUUGGGGUGAGGGGGCUUCCUGUGGACUGGCUCAGAUUGAUUUGAGCUUUUUACAUGCCAUUGGCGUAAGCACUCGGACUGAAGGGGCAGCUCUGUUUCUCUGUGCAUCGUGGCCCUUGAGGGAGCGGGGUGUCAGGGAGGAUGGACCCUGGUGGAAACCAGCCCCAAGAUGCUACUAUACAGCGGGGAUGAUGGGCAGCGUCGCCUGAGGUGGUGUUGCCAGAUGGGUCUGGGCACAAUCAUUGGAAUUGCUUGGAGCAAGUUUAAAUACACACAUCUUGUCGUGAAAGCUGCUGGGCUUCAUUGCUUUGUAUGCAACUGCAUCCAGGCCUGAGGCUGCUGACACUGGACACCAGGAGCCGCUGACUUAGUGCCGUGCCCGUUGGGAUCUGGAGCUCCUUGGGAUCUGGAGCUGGAGCGGAGAAGCAAGGCCUGGGGGGGCGGGGGGGAAGGGUUGGGAGCCGAUACUGAGUGCCUGCAGCAUCUACUCUGUCUUCGCUAUUCAGAACUUGUACCUGAAAUAUUUAAAGAAACUGAUUUUAAAUGCAAAUUAAAGGGCAAAUGUUCUCAAAA